UGUUCCUCGAGGUCGAAGCUUUUUGCUGCGGCACGGGAUCGUUUUCCUUCACAGCCAUCGCCUCUUUGUUGGGCCCCUCGCAAUCUGCUGUUCCUUCAUCGGAUUCCUCUUCGGCGAGUCUCGCACUGCGGAUGCUCUCAGACCCCACAUUCUGCAAAUCUACCGCCACCUCGCAAAAGUUGUUUUUUCAUCUCGGAUUUCAUUCUCGCCGAGUGGAGAUUGUAUUUUCAUAUUCUUCGAUUGGCUUGAUUCCGGAUCAUUGUAGGUGUAAUAUUUCACACGCCGCUUCCCAGUGAGUUGUUUUUUCAUGACCCUCCAGGUUCCCUACGGCAAUUGAUUCUUCUUUUAGUUUCUUUCGGUUUGCGGGGUUUAGGGUUUUGCAGUUACAUGUGCGCUCCCUAUGCUUCGGGGGGGUUUUUCGACGGAGAAAGAGCUGGUUGUCCUUUGCAGCUGUCGCGAAGAGGAUUGUGUGGGCAAUCACCUGGCGCGUGUAUGUAGGUCGGAUUCCAGUCAGGUGGUGUUAGCAGGGAGUAGAUGAAGGCAGAAAGUUCAGCUUCAAAUAUGGGAGAUGAGGGCAAGAGUUAUGUAGCUUACAAACACAAAAUUACGCUAGCAGGGCACAGGAAAGCCAUAUCUAGUGUGAAGUUUUCCCCUGACGGAAAAUGGGUGGGGAGUUCUUCGGCGGACAAAACUACUCGCAUAUGGAGUGCGACGGAUGGGAAAUGCGAGCGCGUUCUCGAAGGCCACAGUGAUGGCAUAUCUGACUUUGCUUGGAGCAGUGAUUCGCGGUACAUAUGCUCCGCAUCUGACGACAAAACUUUAAAAAUCUGGGACUUGCAGACGGGAGACUGCGUGAAAACCCUGAGAGGUCACACGAAUUUUGUUUUUUGUGUGAACUUCAAUCCCCAAAGCAGCGUCAUUGUAUCAGGAUCAUUUGACGAGACUGUACGCCUUUGGGAUGUCAAAACUGGAAAGUGCCUAAAGACUUUGCUCGCUCACUCGGACCCAGUUACGGCAGUUGAUUUCAACAGGGACGGCUCGUUGAUCGUGACUAGCAGCUAUGAUGGCUUGUGCAAAAUUUGGGAUAACACCAGCGGAGAUUGUGUGAAGACUCUUAUCGACGAUAAAAAUCCAACUGUCUCGUUUGUGAAGUUUUCACCGAAUGGGAAAUUCAUUCUCGCCGGCACGCUUGAUAAUAAUCUGCGUUUGUGGAAUUAUGCCACCAGCAAAUGUUUGAGAACCUACACAGGACAUAAAAAUGAUAAGUUCUGUGUAUUCGCAACCUUCUCAGUCACUAACGGAAAAUAUAUCGUAAGCGGCUCCGAGGAUAACUGCGUCUACCUUUGGGACCUUCAAGCGCAGAACAUUAUUCAGACGCUCGAAGGCCACUCGGACGCAGUCCUUACUGUAUCUUGUCAUCCCACUGAAAAUAAGAUUGCCUCAGGUUCGCUAGACAGAACGGUCAGAAUCUGGGCACAAGAAGAUAAGUGAGAGGUUACAUGUGCAAUUAUUGUAUCAUAUCUGUCUCUUCACUAAACCUGGUUUCCUUCCUUUUGUAGAAUCAAGAUCAAGGAGAAGUUCAAAUAGUAAUUCAUAUUUGUUGCUCUUUCCAGCUGUGUGUGGGGAAUUAUCGGUAUUAUUUUUCAAGAAAUUGUUCAUUUUUAUUUUCA